UCCUGUUUGGUGUGAUCUCGCCUUCGUCUUCGUCUUCGUCUUCGUCCUCGUCCUCGUCCGCCGAUCAACUUGCCGACUUGCAGCGACAGCCGCCAUGAGCAUCGACCCCCCUGUCACCCAUGUCUUAUUCGACAUGGAUGGCCUGUUGCUGGAUACCGAGGCCGUCUACACCAAAGUCACCAAUGACAUUGUGAGUCGGUACGGCAAGACCUAUGACUGGGAUCUGAAGUCCAAGAUGAUGGGGAUGAAAGAGCGAGACGCGGGAGAGCUGCUCGUCAGGACCCUCGGGAUCCCGAUGACCGUGGACGAAUAUCUAGCCGAACGCAACGCUGGUCACGAGGCGCUCUUCCCGCACUGCCGUCCGCUCCCAGGCGUCAUGAAGCUCGUCUCGCAUCUGAAGAAACACAAUAUCCCCAUUGCGGUGGCCACCAGCUCUCACAGAAGUGCCUUUGAACUCAAGUCCUCUCUCAACGGCGAGCUCUUUGGCCUCUUCGACGGCCACAUCACCUGCGGCGACGAUCCCAGCAUCAAGCACGGCAAGCCCGCACCCGACUUGUUUCUGGCCGCAGCCAAGGCCCUCGGCAACCCGCUCGUCGACCCGCGAUCCUGUCUCGUUUUCGAAGACUCCAACCCGGGCGUGCUCGCCGGCCUGAAUGCCGGCAUGUCCGUCGUCUGGAUUCCCGAUCCCAACCUCAAGACCGAUGACCCUACCCUGGGCGAACGUGUCUCGGAUGUCCUGGGCUCGAUGGAGGAAUUCCAGCCCGAGAAGUAUGGCUUGCCGCCGUACGAGUGAGCUUCGAUUCGCGCAUGAUGUGAAGAUUCAAGCCUCACAUAUUCACCGCGCACGGAAUCGAAACAGGCCGCUCUGCUUUUGACGCCGAUGCCACAUAUCUCUGCAUCCUGAAUACAGCCCAUGUGCUCCGUUCAAU